CCACAACGUAUACGUCGCGACAGCCCCAGCGGUUUUCGGCACCAACUUCCAUCUUGCGACCAGAUCUUUGGGUGUCGAUGGACACUUCCACCGCGUGGGCAUUCUACUACCUGCAGGCCGAGGACGGCGAAGACAGGUCGCAUCCGAACGCGUUCCGCAUCCCGAAAGCUAGCCCUGGCGCCGACAUUACCCUCGCCGACGUGCACAAGCGCUUUCCGCUGGCGACCCCGACCGCGUUUCACUUUCGUUUUCGCGUCAACAGCGCCAAGGGAGACACGUUCUUUUGGAUGGAUGUUACGUCGCUGUCCCAAGUUGUUCCGCUAGUCAAUGGCCGCGUGAUCGCCAAGGUCCUGCGCCUCCAACGACCGACGAAAAUCGGCCUCGUUCUCCAUCGCAAGCCCGUCCUCAAGUGGAUCGAUUCCCUGCCGUCCAAGGCAUCGUCGCUGCCGUCUGUGCAGCCCACCGCGUCAUCUUCCCAGCGAACCAACAACGGCGGGUCGUCGGCAGAUCGUUCGCAAAAGUACUCGGACACCGCGCCGUCGUCUGGCGGUCCGUCUCGUCCACCUGCUCCAGCACCUUCGACAAAGCCACCGUGCGCCGACGUAUCUACAGAAAGUACAGAGUCCUUUGAAGACUUCUUGUCUGGCGGCGGAACUCGUGCCAAGCCCCCCCAGACUGCAGAGGUUGUGGAUCUUAUGAGCUCUGGAGGCGCCACGUGGAAGGCCAAGCCGUCCCUGCUCGAACCUGCCGCUUCGACACCAAGUGCCACCGGUGCACCCCGCCCCAAGACGCCGCCAAAGCCCGUGGCGUCAGCCAAGAACUUCGAAGACGACUGCGGGCAAACCGUCGGCCCGGUGUCGCUGGCCGAAAUGGAAAAGCACAAAGUGAGUUCGGAUGGAUCCCAAGUGUACAACCCCGACCUCGUCGACAAAUCGACCAAGUCGUCGGCGGUGCGGGCGGCCAUGGAAGAGCGCGAACGCACCAAGGCGGCCGAAAUCGAGCGCGCGCGACUCGAGUUGCUCCGUCGCGACGACGAGAAGGUCGCGAUGGAAAACGCCAAGGCGCAGAGCGUCGUGGUGCUCGGGCCAAAGAUGAAGGCGUGGGCCGAGGACAACGGUCGCAAGAAGAACAUCCGCACGUUGCUGAGCACGAUGCACCAGGUCAUGUGGCCAGACUCCAAGUGGACCGAGGUGAACAUGGGCAAGCUCUUGAUGCCAAACGACGUGAAGAAGGUGUACCGUCGAGCAAUCAUGGUCGUCCACCCAGACAAGGCAGGCGGUCGCACCGCCGACCAACUCGUCGUUGCAGAGCGUAUCUUCGAUGCUCUCAACACGGCUUGGGACGAGUUUGCGCGGACAGAGCUCAAGUAACAAGGAAACGUUUUCUCGAGUCGGCAAUGCUCAUCGGGAUGGGCAGACGGCAACGUGGCCGUUGGCACCGUCUGUGUCCACGCGCUGGGUUACAUCAAGUAGAGCCCACAGGAUGUCGAUGAUGGUGCGAACUGCAACUUGGCGGUGCAGUGUGUUCUCUGCACAGAUGGGCCAUAGAGUU